GCCGAAACAAUCUCUCCACCCGAUAGCCCGAUAUCGCUGGUGGUGAUUCGACCGGGGUGCAAAAGGGCCGAGAUGUGAUCGGUCCGCGGGAUGAGGGUGGUUGCGAGAGCCCUCUCCUUGCCCUUCCUCCUGCUCUUCUCCUCACCGCUCCCGGUCGGUUCGGUGCUCAUCGUAGCCCCCUGGCGAAACAAUAUUGCUCAGUAUCGAGGCUGCACCAAUGCGCAAGCUCGGAAAGGAGCGUGCUCGUCGAGUCUACACCAUCAACGACGAAUCUAGAUACUUGAUCGUCGAAAACGUUCCGGCCUUGGGCGUCACCAAAGAGCUCUUGGAUCUGUUUUCUGUCCAUGGCAAAAUCGAGGAGUAUGGGUUUAUUGACGAUCAUGAUCAUGAUCGGCUCACCGAUGUCUAUUGGCUCAAGUUCCGGUCUCUCCCAGAGGCCAGAGUCGCCAAGCGGAAGGCGGAUGACUCGGUAUUCUUUCACAGCGUACUCGCCGUUCGGUACGCUCCACAGUUCGAGUCCAAGUUGGAUGUCAUCGAAAAACUGAGAGACCGCCAGCACACGCAUGUUCGACUUGGAAUUCAUCUCAACGCAAGGAGAAUGACCGAAAGCCAACCGUCAUCAAUGCAGCUGCAUAGCUCUGAAUCAAUCGUCGCCAUGAUCCGGCAAAUCCACACCCGCCUUGCCGAGCACAGCAAUGAGGCCCCGGCGCUGAGCAGACCCGGAAACCGGCCGACAUCCCGCCGACGUAUCUAGUGGCAGACGAUCACGGUUUACUGGGAAUGUGUCUCGUUCGACUGAAAAUCUUUGGCCCAGAAGCAAUGCCAAGUCUCCCUUUGUGCCCUGAGCUUGGCGGAACUCUUGGAUCACUUUGCUCGGCUCGGCCGGCAGAGGACUGACAAAGUGGUGAUGCUCUUGCGAACUCAACAACCACGAGCGCAUUCAGGCACAGCAAAC